CUUCCCCAUCCUGCUCGCCCCCGUCCGAUUCCCCAAUCUCGGUCUCACUCCGAUUUCGGCCCAAACCCUAGGUCGCCGGCUCCUUCCGAAGGGAGGCGCCUUAACCGCCCAGCUGAUCCGUUUCAUGUGGGCAAGUCUUUCCGUGUUCCACUAUCGUGAAGGGGACGAAGAAAGAGCGGGAUUUGGUCGGCGGCCGGUCGGCGGCGAUGGGGGACGGCCGCGCCGGAGCGUCGAACCGCCCCGCGUGGCUGCAGCAGUACGAUCUAAUCGGAAAGAUCGGCGAGGGCACCUACGGCCUCGUCUUCCUCGCGCGCCUCAAGCCAACGCAUCCCCAAGCUGCUGGCCGCCGCGGCUCCCCCAUCGCCAUCAAGAAGUUCAAGCAGUCCAAGGAGGGUGACGGCGUCUCGCCCACCGCCAUCAGAGAGAUCAUGCUCCUGCGCGAGAUCAAUCACGAGAAUGUCGUGAAGCUCGUCAACGUCCACAUCAACCACGCCGACAUGUCCCUCUAUCUCGCCUUCGACUACGCCGAACAUGACCUCUAUGAGGUUAUCAGGCAUCACAGAGAGAAGCUUAACCUUGCCAUUAACCAAUACACUGUCAAAUCCUUGCUCUGGCAACUGCUCAAUGGCCUCAACUACCUCCAUAGUAACUGGAUCAUCCAUCGAGACCUCAAGCCUUCUAAUAUACUGGUUAUGGGGGAAGGAGAAGAACAUGGAAUUAUAAAGAUUGCUGAUUUUGGGCUUGCUAGGAUAUAUCAAGCUCCACUAAAACCAUUAAGUGACAAUGGGGUUGUUGUAACUAUAUGGUAUCGUGCACCCGAGCUGUUACUUGGUGCUAAACACUACACGAGCGCUGUUGACAUGUGGGCUGUUGGUUGCAUAUUUGCAGAAUUGCUUACAUUGAAACCACUAUUCCAAGGUGUUGAGGCGAAAGCUACUCCAAACCCGUUUCAACUCGAUCAACUGGACAAGAUUUUUAAGGUCUUAGGUCAUCCUACGGUUGAGAAGUGGCCUACCCUUGCUAAUCUUCCAUGCUGGCAAAACGAUCAGCAACACAUUCAGGGGCAUAAGUAUGAGAACACAGGCCUUCAUACUAUUGUUCACUUGCCGCAGAAGGGUCCUGCAUUUGAUCUUCUCUCUAGAAUGCUUGAGUAUGACCCACGAAAGCGUAUUACAGCUGCGCAAGCUUUGGAGCAUGAGUACUUCCGGAUGGACCCACUGCCUGGACGAAAUGCACUUAUACCAUCUCAGCCAGGGGAGAAAAUUGUGGCAUAUCCUAUUCGUCCAGUAGACACAUCAACCGAUUUUGAAGGAACAACAAGCCUUCAACCAACUCAACCGCCAUCAGGGAACGCACCUCCGGGAGGCCAGCCUGUACCGAGACAACUCCCAAGGCAAAUGCAACAGCAGCCUAUGGGGGGUAUGCCAAGAAUGCCUGCUGGCGCAAACAUGGGUGCCUUUGGCGCAGCGCCCCAAGCGGGCAUGGUUGGGCUCAAUCCUGGUAACAUUCCAAUGCAGAGAGGCGCAGGUGGCCAGGCCCAUCCGCACCAGUUGAGAAGGAAGGCUGACCAACAAGGGAUGGGGAUGCAGAACCCCGGGUACCCUCAGCAGAAGAGGCGCUUCUGACAUCCUCCUUCCUCCCUACUGACUGAUACUAUCAGUGUACUCAUAGCAUCGUCGUGUAUGUAUUACCCACCAGAUACACGUCGUCUGGUGUUUGACUGAAACACAUUGAUCAUGUAAGCUUGUUGUUGUAGAUUUAUAUUUGUCUGCAAUGUAGGUAAGUUACUGUGUUACUAGCUGUGAUGAUCAUUCUAGAGGAAAUUUUGAUGAUUGCUUUU